CGAAAAGCGCCCGCACACGCACACAUCCAAAGAAAGGCCCGUUCGCUCAACCGUCGGGCAACCGUCAAAAUCUCUCCCCGCUCCCUCCCCGAUGACCCAGCGCGAGCACGAAGCGAGAAGUGUCACUUUCGACGAACGGUGCCCAUUUCGCAGUAAUCACCUCUUCCGUGCGGGGACGGACAUAAUUUUUGGAGGCGAUUUUCCAGAAGUUGCAGAACUCGGUCCUUUGACCGUUGCGCGUUUUCGCACACGCCGUGUGUUUAGUGAGUUGGGUUACCGUCGGUGCGGACUGUGAAAGUGCGAUUUUCUAGUAAAGCACAGCCAGUAAAAAAUAGCAGGUUCUUCGGGGUACACGGGAUACCCCCCCCCCACCCCCUGUGGGCAGCUUGCCACGGUGUGCCAGUCGCAGCAGCAGCAGCAGCACCAUCGGAAGCCGUCGCUUUUUUGUUCGUUGUUCGCUCGAUUUUUUUUUUGUUGGUUCGGAGCCGAAGCACCAGCACCAGGGACGCUCCAGCGGGCGCACAAAGUCCAGCGCCCUCGCCACAGCCUGUGCCUGUGAUAAACUUGCACUGCCCGUCAUCGCCCCCCCCCACCCCUCCACCUGCCAGCGGUGGGCUUUGGUAGUCCCGCACACAAAAAAAAAAACGGUGCGUCCGCGAGCGCACUCCCGUGUGUGUGUGUGUGCGUGUGUGCCUGUGGGCAGAUUUGUGUGCGUCCGUGUAGAGGUGUGAUACGUGAGCGCGCGUGUGUGUGUGUUGACGGAGGAACCAGCAGAAGCAGGAAAGCGAAGAAGAAACCUGAACAUUUGUGUGUUUUUUUGUUGUGUUGUCAUUGCUUCCAUCAUCGACGCUGAUUCAUCUGUGUUCCUAACCUGUUCGAUCCCGUUGCGCUUCCGGACGGAGCCAAGCGGCCUGUGUGCGUGCGUCUCUGUGUGCGAUUGUGUGUGUGUGCGGCGCGGGGGCGCUUUGCUAGGCGGACGGACCACGGAGCGCGCGAGUGAGUGAGAGGGGAGCGCGAGUACGGACGCAGGACGAAAACCCCUUUUUUCUCUUCCUCUCGGGGACAGGCGAACCGCGUACCCCCCCCCCACACACACACACACACACACACACACACAUACAUACAGGAUGCAUCGACUGCCGUGUACAUGUCCGCUGUUGCAUCGACGCGUGCACAUUUGAUGCGUUGGAACUAGUACGCGCGCUGGAAAGCGAUAGAGUGAGACAGGAGUGUGUGUGUGUGUGCGAGUGAGAUAGUGUGCGAAAGGCAGCGAAAAUCGCGACCCCGCACGAGCGAGAGUGAAAGAGAGGGCAGGAGCGUAACACUUUCGGGUUUUGUGAAUUCCUGGCUCGCUUGGAGAACGGUAAAAAGGGGUCGCAAAAACUACCCCCCCCCCCCCAUACAGACAAAAGAGAGAGUGCGAAGGGGGCAGCAUCGCGUCUCCCCACCCCCCCCCCCCACCAACCAUCAAACGCGGAAAGAUUUUGCUGUGUUGCCAAAGCUGUUGUGUUUGGUGAUGACAGCAGGGCCAGCAGCAGCAGCAGCAUCUCCGAUCCACUGACAGUUGUGCGUUGUAAAGGAAGGCGAACAAGGGCGAAGCUGCGAAACCAGAAGACGAACAAAAGAAAAGAAAAGAGAAGAAAAAACACCGUCGAGAACGGGAAGAGGAAAAGGCACGUAAAUCCCCGCACCCGUCGCCCUGUGUCGCACGCACUGGUGUGCGUUGCCGUGUGUGUGUGUGUGUGUGUGUGUGUGUGUGUGUGGGCUUGGGAAUUUUAGCACACAGCUCAGCACUUAACCCCUCCCCCCCUCGUUGUCCCACCGCACCGUUGUAGGCCGGGAACGCGCGGGAGGUGGUUCACCUCUCCUGUGUGUGCCCGAGCGGAAAGGCGGCGGCGGCGGAAGGCGGCGGCACACAGGGGGCAAUGUCCGAGUCGGCCUCCGACACGCUCGAUAGCGGCCCGUUUCACACCGGCAAGGUGGAGGAGCACGAGCAGUACGGGCGGCGGCACCAACACCACCACCACCAGCAGCAGCAGCAGCAGCGCCGAUCCCUGACGCCCGGCGGCAAAAAGGACGCACGAUACGAACCGGGGACGACGAGGACGGCGAUGUCACCGAUGGGCGAUCUGCCAGCCGGCGACGAUGACGACGAUCAGCAGCAGCAGCAGCAGCAGCAGCAAAGGAAGCUGUCCGGGCCGGGCGACCGGGAGGCCACGGGGGGCGGCGGACCACCAAACAGUGCGGCCGGUCGCACCCGGUACACGGCGUCGCAGCUGCUGGCGCUGCGCGACACCAACCUGUCCAAGGUGCGGCCGCCCUGCAUGGACGACCCGAAGUCGGAGAAGCACCUGAAGAUGAUCUCGAUGCUGGCGCGCCGCUCCGAAACGCCCUACGACGAGGACGGGCCACCGGCGGGCGGUGGUGGUCCGUCCGGCGCAGGAGGCUUCGGGCGGAACCGGGCCUCGUACGGCGGGGGCUCUUCCUCGGCCGGUAGCGGAGGCGGUGGCGGAACCGGUGGCAGCAGCUCGCUUGGGGCCGGAUCGGGCAAUGGGCCCGGGCUGGGAAGUGCCGGGCGGGGCGAGAUGCGCCGCUCGGUCGGUGGCAGCGGGGGCAGCGGCGGCAUGGCCGAUCCGAAGGAGCGGCUGCGGAAGGAGGAGGGCAUCGUGCUGUCGCCGCAGCGCCGCUCGUUCAACAUGGGCUGCCAGAUGCCGUCCGCCCCGUCGUCGGGCGGGGCCGGCAGCAGCCUGGGACUGUCCGGGAGCCUGCUGCGCUCCGACCGCGACAUGCUCGGCGGAGGAGGAGGAGGAGGAGGCAGUGGCGGCGGUGGAGGAAGCGGAGGAGGAGGCGGCGGCGGUGGACGCGAGCGACGCAUCGGCAGCGGGCGGAUCAUGACGCGCGACAGCCUGUGGGAGUACGGCCGGAUGGAGUCGGGCGACUAUCGGGCGGGCAGUGGCGGCGCCGGAGCGGGCGGCAAUUCGUCCUCGUCCGGGGGAAGCUUCCGCGACCGGGAACCGAUGGCGAUGCGCGGCGAGGCGGGCGGCAAGGACGGGAAGGAUGGGCCGCGGGGGCGCAACAGCGAGGGCCGCGGCCUGCAGGAGAAGGACUACCACGACGAGGGCGGCGGCGGCGGCGGCCGGUACGAGCCGCGGGAGUCGCGCGAUCGCCGCGACCGCUGGGGCGACAAGGGCGACAGUGGCCGGGGGCCGAUGCGGAGCUACCACAAGGGCGGCUCGUCCGGCUACGGCGAAGGCCGGGGCGACGGUUCGUACUACGGCGGUGGUGGCGGGUACGGUGGUGGAAGCGGCAACAGCUACGGAAAUUACGGCUCGAGCAGUGGCGGCAACAGCAGCAACCACCAUCACCAUCACCACCACCAUCAUCAUCAUGGGGGCGGGGAAGGCGGCCGCAGCUAUGGCGACCGGCGCCGGUACAACAGCGACAACGGGCGGGACAACGAGGAGCCGGAGUGGUUCAGCGAGCCGACCUCCCAGCACGACACGAUUGAGCUGCGCGGGUUCGACGAUCCGCUGUCCGAGCACGGCAGCGAAUCGGGCGACACGCCGAACGGCGACGGCCGCGACGAUACGGAGGGCUCGCCCGACCAGACGGCAGCGGCGCCGGAUCAGCCGGAGGCGACGGCCGGCACGAAACGGCCGAGCGAGGAACCGACCGGCGAAUGGCGGCCCGAGCUGGACGAGACGCUGCUGAAGCUGAUCGAGGACGGGCUGCCGAAGGCAUCGACCGAGGAGGAGGUGCGGGCGGACGGCUUGCGCCUGAUCCGGGAGCUGAAGCGCAUGUCGCUGAAGGAGCUGGGCCGGGCGACGCCGGCGGCCGAGGAGGAAGUGCCGGCGGCGGUGCUGAAGCUGAUCGAGGACUACAUGCCGAAGGGCAGCAACGUUGGGCCGCCGAGCAAGGAGAAGGUGCGGACGGAUGGCAUUCUACGCCUGCUCAAGGAGUUCAAGCGCAUGUCGCUGAAGGAGCUGGGCGGCUUCCAGGGCCGGGAGACGCCCUCCCAGCCGCCGGCCAAGGAGGAAGCGGUGCUGAAGCUGAUCGAGGACGGGAUGCCGAAGGCAUCGACCGAGGAGGAAGGACGGGCGGACGGUAUGCGGCUGAUGAAGGAGCUCAAGCGUAUGCCGCUGGAGGAGCUGUGCGGGUCCCGGGACCGGGCGACGCCCUCCCAGCCGCCGGCCGAGGAGGAAGCGCUGACGGACGGUAUCCGUCUGAUGGAGGAGCUGUGCGGCUUCCGGAACAUGGUGCAGACGGAUUACAGCGCAAUGGACAUGUUGCUGAACGAUGUCGGUGGCGGUAGUCGCGAGAGCCGCUUUUCGCAGUUUUUCCGCCAAGACAACGAUACCGCCGCCAAGGGGGGUAGUGAGGACGUGGCGGCGGCGGCGGCAACCGAUGCGAAGGAGCGGCGCAGCCGCCAGAACUCGCUGCACGAGGACAUCGGCAAGAUGAUGAAGGGCAUCGCGGCGUUCGACGACAUCGUGAGUGUGGCGACCGCUACCAGCAACAAGUUCUUCGCGCCGAUCUCGCCGGCCGCCACCUCCAACACGCCCCAGUCGUUCCUGGAGCUGUUUCACCGCACGGCGCUGAAGGGCCAGCUCGAGCCACCGCAGCAGCCGGCGGGCCAGCGGCCGCUAGACGGGACGCCGCAGCCGUUCGAUCGGCACGCGAUACAUAUGAACUCAAUGAUGGCGGACGAGCAGCAGCAGGGGAAGCAGCAGCAGCAGCAGCAGUUGCACCACGAGCAGCAGCAACAGCUGCAGAACCGCAGCCUGCAACAGCUGCUGGGCGUGACCGGUAGUGGUGGUGGUGGUGCCGGUCCGCCUUCCGGUACGCCGCCGGGCGCUACCGAGCGCGGGCCGGUCGGGCCACUGAUGCCCAAUCUGGGCGCGAUGCCGUCCCCGGCCAGCCUCGGCCAGGUGCACAGUGUCGAGGAGCUGGAGGCACGGUUCCGCCAGUCCGACCUGAACGGGGGAGAGGGUGGCGCACCG